UAAAACCCACGACCAUGGCAACAUGCUCCUCGCCAUGGCAUGAAAACAAAUAUGUCAUGGUGGGGAUCAGUCUAAGUAAAGUAAUUUGUUUUCAUUUGCUUUCCAUUUUCAGGACUGACCGUCUUUGAGACCAGACGUGCCUUUUUUGGUAUCCAAGGAAUCGCUGGCAAGUCCUCAGCCAUUUUGGCUCCAUGUUUCUUCUAUGUUUUGCUAGCGAUGCAAAGCAACGCUUUGGCCAGACCCGUGACUGCCACGGUCAGCAGGCAUCCGGUGCAGUCGGUGCCGCCCCCGGGCGAAGUCCGACCAGCGCCGGUGCCCGUGCGCAGCUUGCGCUUCGCCGAGCCCAGCAGCUGCCCGCAGGGCCCGCACGGCGCCGGGUGCACAGCUCUCGCAACGCGAGCCGCACCAACUGGAAACGAGCGAAGAGCUUCGGGCACUUCCGGAAGAAGACGAGAACGACCUCGGAAUCUUCCAAGACCUGAGCCUGAACUCUUGGUGGUGAAGUUCUUGUAUUUGUCAAGACUACCUUCCGGUUGGCUACAAGCUUCUCAGUACCAACUCAGUCUUCAUGUGGGGGAAGACGCUCGCAGUGAUCCCCCAGCACGCCCUGGGAUUUAUUCUACACCAUUAAUACCUGCAGGACCACCACAAGCUGUACCACCCGAGGAAGCUCAUCUCAGAGAGCAGAUUGCCAUGGCCGUGAAGGCAAUGGACGGGGACAGCCGUGCUGGGGACCUGGAAUGCCGCUUCAAGUCGCGGGUGGCGGUGCGUUUGACCGACGCAGGGCCGGGCCCAGCAGCAGGUGGCCCAAAGUAUUUCCGAGUCGAUGCUUGGGUGCUUCCCACGCGGCUCUUUGGGACAGUACAAGCUGAGCUUUUCGCUCGUGCCUUUGUGCCCAUCGAGGCCAAGUACCACAGAAGGGCUUGUACCUGGCCGAUGAUUGACGCUGCUGGUAAUGACAUCGGGGUUUUCCUAACCUGUGAGUUUGCCUUCGCUGGGAUCCCCUCAUCAGUGAAAGAUUUGACUGCCCGGCUGAACCCGAAUGCCAUUAAUCCGAACCAAAAUGAGGUGAACCUCACCUGGCUACCACCAGGUACUGCUGCUGAGGAUCGCGUGGUCCCCAUCUUAGGUUACCGCGUAGACUCUCGCUGCUUGGGGAGGAAGGGUUCUUCGGGAUCUAUGUCUCCUUCCAGGGCCAGCUGGCAACAUGAAGGUGACGUGGAGCCACGUCAGGCGGGCCCCUUGCGCUUUGUGGUCCCAAACUUGAAGCCAGACACAAUGUAUCUAUUCCGCGUUUGUGCUGUUAAUGAAGUGGGCUUGAGCGAGCCAGAAGAGGUUGAAGUGAAAACUGGGCCAUGUGCGCCGGCUGGAUGUGGACAACCACGAUUGGCCGGCUGCAAUGGACCUGUCCUAGCCGUUGAAUGGGACGCCCCAAUGUAUGAUGGCGGUGCCAACUUAGUUGCCUACCGCGUGUGGGUUAGACCCUUCUCUGCAACUGAUGCGUCUCCAGACGAAUGGCUUGAAGUUGGGCACGUGAAACACAACCCGAGUGGAGUUCAACGGGCAGAGAUCCACACCGAAGAUCUCGAUCCUUCAAUUGGACGUUACCUGUGCCGCGUGGCUGCCAUCAAUGAGGUGGGUGAGAUGGGUCCGGCCACGGCCGAUGCCGUUUCACUUACUCUGCCAAAUCCCUGCGCAGUCUCUCGGCCAACACCUGCCACAUCUUCGGCCCAUCUCGCGCUUGGACGAGCUCCAUGGCUUCAGUCUGGUGGAAAUUUGCUUACAAUGACCAUCAACGAGCCAGGGCACGGUGGGAAGAGGAAGGUCACGGUGCCUUUGUUUCAGGACAAUGUUGAUGAGUUGCCCUUCGGACUGGAUGGACUCGGAGCACAAAGUUUGGCUUCUGCCGCUUCUGCUUCGGACGGAAGCCAUGAGAAGCCAAGCCAUGAGCUUGCCUUGCCAGAGCGCUUGGAUGCAACUGGCUAUUGGCCACCUUUGGCACCAAUCUCCGAUGAUUCCAGACAAUGGUAUCACAAGGAUGCUUUCCCGGAAACCUUCCGAGAAAGAGAAGCCUUAGUUCCCUUCAAGGCUACUCACUAUACUCAGUAUACUCCUCCUCGUGAUGAGAGAUAUGAGAAGUACGAGAAGGAGAAAUUCGGAAAGCCAUACGACUAUAGUGAAGUAGAUCUUUUGAAGCGCUUGCUGGAAGAGAAACGAAGUCUCUUGGAAGAAAGCUUACAAAACUUCCAGGAGCUCACAGAGCAGCUCCAGGUCUCAACAAGUGAGGCUUUGCGGCUUCGCCAUGAGGAGGUGGAGAUUGAGGCGGCGGGCUACCAAGCAGAGGUGGCAGUCUUAAGCCAGAAGCUCGGGGAACAGCUCGGUGAGCCGCUGCUUUCCGUACCUUCCGGAGGGCUUGCAGCUCUCACUGCUCUCACGCCAUUCUAAACAGAACAGUUAGAUCAAGAUGAUCAGAGGUGAAUGAUGAAUGCAUGAAUGGAUUGAACAUGAUUGAACAUACAGGC